UUCAUCCAACUGUAUACAGAGAAAAUGGCUUCCUUAAUUUCUCCUAAACUAUGCAACACUACUCUUCUUAAAUGUAACAAAACCAGAUUUUUUCAGCCCCUUCAAAUCAAAGCUCAAAUCCAUAAAGAUCAUGAAGGGAGAUCUGGAAAUAUUGUGGAUGCAAAUUUACACCUACUGAAGGUGAGGAUUGAGGAAGUGAGGAGCAAGGAGAGAUGCUGUGUGGCUGAGCAAGGAUGGAACUAUGCAGCUUACGAUAGCUUCAAAACUAAAACAGAUAAUUAUAGUCAUAUUUAUGAAGAAUUUGUUGAGCUUUUGGGAGUGGUUGGUGCCACUUUUGGCAUCACAAUAUCUGGUUGCACCUUAUGCCUCUGCCUCUUCUCCAUUUUGCUUCAUUUCAAGCUAUGACUUUGUUUUCUUGUACAAUAAACCAAUCAUUUUGUUUCUUUUUAAUUAGUUUUCCCUUUCUUCAGGUCUAGCUAAUUUGAUUAGAGAACCUCUAUAUAUGUGAUCAAUUAUUUAUGAUUUUAUGUACUUUAUUUGUAUUUGUCUAUUG